ACUCAUUUAAUGUGUGUCGUAUAUAUCUGGUUGGUGUGCUGUGAUGCAUGUCUCGUUUAUUCUGCGGGUGUAUUGUGUACUGAACUAACAUUAAAAUGCAAUCGCUUAUGUGACUGUGCAACUGUGGUGCCACAAGAUUCCGUGAGUCUGCAACUGAUGACGUUUGGGAGGACUUCGGUGCUCGUUGCAGCGUGCAGCUUGCACAGAUCAGAGAUUCUGUCUCAUGCACAGCGAGAGCGCGAGGAGACUUGCCUUCUGUCUCGCCACGUAACCCGCUGUUUAAGUAACCUGAGUAACGGCAGCGGCGGUAACGCGAUACCGAGAAUGGCGAUGUCGCCUCAUACAUUCUCCUCUUCGGAAAUCCGGGCAGGAGACGUCUGCAGCCGAGAUGAGGGUGUCUUGGCUCCCCGCCUGACAAAUUGCACCGCACACCCGGGCGCCGCCCACCGCUCGGGGAAGGAUUCGGCCAUCGUCGGGUGUGCGUCGUGCUGUGGGCAGAGGGGAACGGGCCGCCCGCCCUCGCCUGCCCCGGGGGCGCAUCCAAAUCCAAGGGGAGCCAAAAGCUUGCCGAAAAGAGGCGAGGAUGAACGCGUCAUCGGAUUUCAGAGCGGUUAUCAAUCCGUGCAUGGCCGCCUCAGUAUGAUGGAAGUUAAGGAACCAGAAGUCACGUGGAAAGAUGCUCUGGCCUUCAACCUUUUAUCUCUGCGUCCCCUCUUGUAGAUGCUGAUUGCCUCCACGCCCCCUCCUCCAUCAUCAACCAAAUUAUUAAAAAUCCCGCUUGCAUAAAACAGAGGGGA